CUCGGCCCCCAUGUGAACUCCCCCGCAGAAUCAGGAUGGACUCUCCACCCCCAAAUGGGGCGGAGCUGCUCCAGAGCCACACCUCCAGGGUGCUGUCCAGACUCAAGCCUGGCGCUCAGUUCCACAUUCCAGAAAAUCCUUCCCUCUGGGUUUGCCUCCGCUGGGUGUUCAUUGUUCUGUGCGCUAUGGAAGCCAUCCUAGCCUCCUCCCUUGCCAAGGUAAUGUCCGCAGCGAGCCUGGCCAAAGCCGGUGGAGCAGUCUCGGGCAGUGUCCUGGCUGGACUCAAGUCAGUGGGGCUCGUCCUGCCAUCCAGUGCUGCCCUGGGCUCGGCUGCUUCGUCCGGUGCUGUCCUGGGCUCUGCUGCUUUGGCCGGUGCUGUCCUGGACUCGGCUGCUUCGGCCGGUGCUGUCCUGGACUCGGCUGCUUCGGCCAGUGCUGUCCUGGACUCGGCUGCUUCGGCCGGUGCUGUCCUGGACUCGGCUGCUUCGGCCGGUGCUGUCCUGGACUCGGCUGCUUCGGCCGGUGCUGUCCUGGACUCGGCUGCUUCGGCCGUGGAAUCCUUGUUGGAGACACUGCAUGUCUCCUCCCUACUGCAAUCCCCUGCCGAGGCCCUGACUGCUUACCCACUUGGAGCCAAGACUGCUGCAGCAGUGAUUGGAGGAGCCGUGGCUGUGGGCGCUGUGCCGGUGGUGCUGGGCACUGUAGGCUUCACGGGGGCAGGAAUCACAGCCUCAUCUUUGGCAGCCAAGAUGAUGUCAGCAGCUGCCAUCGCCAAUGGAGGUGGGGUUGCCGCCGGUAGCCUCGUGGCUACUUUGCAGUCUGUGGGAGCAGCUGGACUGUCCUUGUCAUCCAAAGUCAUCCUGGGCUCUGCUGGGUCAGCCCUGGGGUCCCUCAUGGUAUAGGUCCUCAUCGCGCCCAGUGCAGAGAAGAGGACCAGGUAGGGCCCUGCCCACCAGCCUUAUGCAGUGGGGACCAGACCCAGGGUGACAAUGUGCCUCAUGCUGUACCCCCAGAGGAAAAUAAGGAAUAAAAAUGAGUUGCUGUGA